AUGGCGGCCCGCACAUUCGUCGCUGCGGCGGCACUCCUGGUUUUGGUGUGCCUGGGAUCCGCCCCUGGCGCCCAUGCCCGCGAGCUGCAGCAGUACUCCAGCAGCAUCACGGAUUUCCUGCGGAGCACGGCGGCCUCCACGCUGCGCAACAGCAAUGGCGCUGCCAAGGCAAAGGCCCCCAGUGUGACGAUCAACCCCGAGGACCUGAAGGUCAAGUUCAUCCUCAACCCGCGGCUCAACCUCGCGGGGGCUCUGAACCUUGCCGCUGCCUUCAAACCUACGGCGGCUUUGGACCUGUCUCCGGCGCUGUCCCUAUCAGGCACGGGCACACUUUCAGGCACCGCCACCCCCAGCGUCGAGGGCGGCCUGACAACCGACGUGACGCUGCCCUCCACCAGCGUCGAAAUUUCCAACGGCACCACCACCACCACUGUCAGCGGAGUCGGCACCAGCACCAAAGCUACUGCCUCAGUCACUAGCUCCAGCGGCCCCAGCACGCCCGCCCCUAAGAAGGCGCCUUGA